AUGCCUGAAGAACGGUCACAACCAUCGACUAUUUCGACAAACACCAAUAAGAGACGUUUUAUUUUAAUCAUCCUUGCAAUUAUUAUUGGAGUGUGUAUUGUAACAACGGCUAUUGUCGUACCUAUCAUUUUAACUAGACGAACUAAUACAACUGUAUCAAUUUCAACAAUAACAACGGCAACAACAGCAGUAACUACGGCAACAACAGCAGUAACAACGGCAACAACAGCAGUAACUACGGCAACAACGGCAGUAACAACGGCAACAACAGCAGUAACAACAGCAGCAACAGCAGUAACAACAGCAGCAAUAACAUUUAUCACAACCACAAUUACAACAACGAAGAAUCUGUCAUGUAAGCUUUUUCUUGUUUGA